GGGACACGGGAACGGCGGUGCUGAGGGCUGGCGUGACCCAUCAGUGCCAAACGGGAUGAAUCCUUCAGGCAUGAAAUACAUUCCAGUCUCUUCCCCACACACUUACACCACAAAUAACAUCCAGGUCCCUCCAAAAAUCCUGGUGCCGCCCGUUUUCCAGCCUGCCAGCUGGGAACUGGGAAGGAGCUCUGCCUCCAGCCUGGAGGGCUCCCGGGAUUCUGACCCGGAGGGCCUGGAGAAGGAGCAGCAGCGGCUGGCCCUGCAGCACAGCAUCCCGCAAAACCAGGAGCUGCUGGGGCAGGAGGCUGGUGACAUCCUGGCGGGUGACAGCGUGGAUGAGGACAGCUUGGAGGAGAUCAGUUCUGAAGAGGCAGGAGCUGAGUGCGACACCAAAAACAAAAGAAAACCAAGGAUUUAUGGCAGUGGAAGGAAAAAACUGCCUGUGGACAAAUAUUCCAGCCUGAGGUACAAUCCUCAUUGGAAGAAUGCAAAAAAUGGAGAUUUUUUUGAGGCAGAGAAGGCAUCCCAAAUUUUUGAAGGAAGCAGCGGGGACUUUUCACUGGAUUCAUUUUACCUCCAUUCUGAUGGCUCAGAAAAUAAUGAACAGGAGGCAAAGACCCAGGAUGCACUCCCAGAGUUUGGUCCAGAAUUAUUCACCUUUUAUGGAGCAAACGUGGCCAGCAACAAACCUGUUGGGCCACAAGCCCAAAGGGAGGAACCUGAAGGUGGAUUUCAUUCCAAAAAUAAUCCUGCCCGUGCUUUUCCUCCUCAGAACCAGCAGGACCCACCCCAAAGAGCAAAAAAAAACUUUGUGAGAAAAAAUAAACGGACUUUGGGGUUACAGUCAGAGAGGAUUAAUUCCUAUCUUGAGCUGCACAAUAAAAAGCAGCAAGUUCUUCAAGGGCAGGUCACACAUCCUCCACCAGCUGAAGAACCACUCCAGAGUGUCCCAACAUUCCAGACUGGGAAAAUGAAGCCUGAAGACAAAUGGUACCCAAAAGGACAGCAGCUCAAGGAGCAGCAGAGGUUCCUGCAGAGACACAAGGCAGGCUCCAGGCAGCCCCUCAGGGGCAGAGCUUUCCCGAGGGGCGAUGGCCGGGAGCCCCCAGGAGCGGCAGCAGCAGAGCCCUGGAUCCAGAGGCAGCAAACCCCAAAAUUCCAGGCUGCUCCCCCUGCAGCCCAGGAGCCCAGCUCAGCCCUCAGUUCUGCUCUUGGCCCAGCAGAAAAACCCCAAAGUGGCCUCAAUCAUCUCCCAGAUUCAACCCUUACCACGCCUGCCUAUCAUUUCCUCCCAAUAUUCCAGAAUUUUUACCCACCAGAGGUUUUAAAUCCUGAAUAUCCCAGUAAGGAGGACAAGAAAUACCAGCACGACUCUCCAGCUGGAAUUCCACAUCAAUUCCCAGCCAGUGCCAUCCCUGGGCAGCAUUUUUCCAGGAAUAACAGCAGCAGUGGCCAGCCACAUCCAGAACUGGAGAAUAUUUCAUCUGAUUUUAAUGCAAUGUUUCAAGAAAGGGUGAAGGAUCAAGCACUGCUUCCAGAUUUCAAAAAUCAUAUUCAUGAGGAUAACAGCCCACCAACAGCUGCUUGUAGAAUCUCCCAUUUGACAGAAAGGAAGGAGCAGCACCGGCCAAGAAUUUCUGAUUUUGGGGAUGAUUUUGCUGGCACGUGGCUGUGGGGUCUGUUCCCACCUGCCCUGCCCCAGGGGCAGAGGGGCUCACAGGGAGACUCAGGAAAAGCUGAAGGAAAUCCAAGGAAAAUGAAACGAAGCAGCUCAGAAGGGUCUCUCCUGCAAAGGGAAAAGCAAAACCAGCCCAAAGCCAGCAAGAAGCUGGGUAGCUCCAAAUUCUACUUCAAUCUGAGUAUGAAGCUUGGAGGCCUUGGACCUGACUAUGAAACAAUCAAAGAGAAAAAAGAAAAGCUAAAGCUGCAGAAGGAAUAUUCCAGGCAAAUUAAGGAGUAUAACAUGAGGAACAUCACUGUGGUUCAGAGGUUGCCUGCAAAGCCCCAGGUGUCUUCAGUGGCCAGGCAGAAGGCUCUGGAAUAUGCCAAGAAGAUUCCAAGACCAAAGACCUUCAUAGCGAGGCAAUCAGAGCAGGAGCUGAAGGAGGUUCUGCCCCAGGCUCCAGCUGGAACCAGCUUCCCCAAAAUCCCUUCCCUGGAGUCUUUGUGGAGCAGGCACGAGAAGGAGAAGGAGGUUGUGGCUGCUUUUGAAGCCCUUCACAUCUUGUAGGUAUUUGGGAAUCUCAGGGAUCAAGGCAAAAAUGCCUCAAUUGUUUCAUUUUCACAUCACAUCUUCAUUUCCCAGUCCGCUGAAAUUUAAACUGGCUUAAGUUUAAUUAUUUUUAAAUGUUAGAAUUGGU